GAUCGACAGACGCUUUCGUUAGAGAAGAACGCUCUUCGGAGUCUUCCCUGCAAGCAUGGCGCUGGAAUCGCUGUCCCUGGACCAGGACAAGUUCGUGGAGCUGCUGCGGAAGCUGAUUGGGGAGGUCAAGUUCCUGCAGAACAACCCCCCUGAUUACAUUCCUAAGGAGGACCGUGCGGGGCGCCAUGUGCUGGACGUGCUUCAGCCACUGAGCACUGAGGAGGGCGGCGUGCUGUCGGUGCAGCAUGUCAGCUAUGCGGAAGGGCGGGGGAACAUCAUCGUCGAGUACCCGGGGACAGACGAGAACGAAAUCAUGUCGUUUGUGGGCUGCCACCUGGACGUAGUGACUGCGAACCCGGAAGAUUGGGACUUUGACCCGUUCACCCUGACAGUUGAGGGCAACAAGCUCAGAGGGAGGGGCACCACUGAUUGCCUGGGGCAUGUGGCGCUCUUGACGGAGCUGUUCAGACAAUUGGGUACUGAGAAGCCGAAGCUGCGGCCAACUGUUGUUGGCGUCUUCAUCGCAAAUGAGGAGAACGCAACGGACCUGGGGAUUGGUGUGGACGCCUUGGUGGCAAAGGGGCUGCUGGACAAGCUCAAAGGAGGGCCCCUGUUUUGGGUGGAUACGGCUGACAAGCAGCCGUGCAUCGGGACGGGCGGCAUGGCGGCCUGGCGCCUCAAAGCGACGGGCAAGCUCUUCCACAGCGGCCUCGCACACAAGGCUAUCAACCCGAUCGAGCUGGGAUUCGAGGCGCUUUCGGAGAUCCAGCGGCGCUUCUACCAAGACUUUCCGGUGCACCCGAUGGAGGGGCGCUACGGCUUUGUCACGCCCUCCACCAUCAAGCCCACGCAGGUCUCCUACCCUGGCGGCAGCGUGAACCAGAUCCCUGGCGAGAUGACCAUCUGCGGCGACAUCCGAGUGACUCCUUUCUACAGCGUGGCGGAGGUGGUGGCCCGCAUCAAGCAGUACGUGGACGACAUCAACGCCAACCUCGGGCAGCUGCCCACGCACGGGCCCGUCUCCAAGUACGAGCUGCCCGACGAAAACCUGCGCGGCAGGGUGGAGCUGUCGUUCGACGAGAUGAUGAUGUCCGGCGUGGCGUGCCGGCUGGACUCGCCCGGCUUCUUCGCGCUGUGCAACGCCACCAAGGCCGUUUUCGGGAAAGUAACGCCGUACUCCAUCACCGGCUCCCUGCCCUGCAUCCGGGAACUGCAGGACGCAGGGUUCGACGUCCAGACGAUGGGGUAUGGGGUGAUGUCGACGUAUCAUGCCAAGAACGAGUACGCACUGCUAGAAGACUUUGAAGGGGGAUUCAAGGUCAUGACGAACAUCAUUGCGCAGGUUGAUUCAGGAAACAUCGUUCGAGACCCUAGUUAUGUAAAGGCGGAGUAAGGUACAGGUGCACAUCUCUUUUGUAAAGUAGGGCGCGAUCAAAGUUGCUAACAGUGUAAGGUAGACUUUGACCUCAACAUGUAUUGCAUACACGGAAGUUGCUCGCAAACUUUAUAAUGAUUUGAAAAACUUGAAGUAGUAUCCAGAGAAGGCCCUGUAUCUGACCACCUCGGUAAAUCUUUGCUACAGAGCCUCAAGUAAUAUUGCCGCCCGUACAGUAUGUUCGUGAGGACGUGGCUAACACAGAAAAGUUGUAGUUACUCAUUGCGCGGGCGGCGGCAGGGCAGCUUGUGACCAUUGCUCAAAGAUGACUUCAGUAAAUCUACUGCUUUGCGUGUUGCGAUGGUCAGGAACCACGAAAGAAUUGAUUUGCUAGGGCUGACUCAUCUUGCAUCGAUCAAUGCUAACGAUUGCAGAUAAAUGUACCGUUAAAAAACGUUUGAUGUACGCACGUU